AUGGGUGUCAUCUUCUACCUCCUGCACCCGAGCCAGCUCCGCGCCAUUAUCCAAUGGAAGGUCUGGCACGACCCCGUCCACCGUCGCGACCCCUCUAAGGAGGAUCCCACCCUCACGGCAUGCUUCGAACAUCUCAACAAGACAAGCCGCAGCUUCUCGGCCGUCAUCCAGGAGCUCAACCCCGAGCUGCUGGUGCCCGUCUGCCUGUUCUACCUUGUCCUGCGCGGCCUCGACACCAUCGAAGACGACAUGACCAUCGACAUCAAGGAGAAGGAGCCGCUGCUGCGCCAGUUCGACCAGUACAUGGAGCAGGACGGCUGGACCUUCACCAAGAACGGCCCCAACGAGAAGGAUCGCGACCUGCUGGUGCACUUUGACGACGUCAUCACCGAGAUGAAGAAGAUCAAGAAGCCCUAUUACGACAUCAUCAAGGACAUCACCAUCAAGAUGGGCAAUGGCAUGGCCGACUACGCAAAGAACGCCGCGUUCAACGAGAACGGCGUUGCCACCGUCAAGGAGUACGAACUGUACUGCCACUACGUCGCCGGCCUCGUCGGCGACGGCCUGACGCGCCUCUUCGUCGAGGGCAACAUGGCCAAUCCCAAGCUCCUGGAGCGCCCCGAGCUCACCGAGUCCAUGGGCCAGUUCCUACAAAAGACAAACAUCAUCCGCGACGUCCACGAGGACUACCUCGACAAGCGUCGCUUCUGGCCCAAGGAGAUCUGGGGCAAGCACGUCGACACGUGGGACGAUCUCUUCAAGCCGGAGAACCAGCGUAAGGCCCUCGACUGCAGCUCCGAGAUGGUGCUCAACGCCCUCAAGCACGCCGAGGAGUGCCUUUUCUACAUGGCCGGCAUCAAGGACCAGAGCGUCUUCAACUUUGUCGCCAUCCCCCAGAGCAUGGCCAUUGCCACUCUCGAGCUCGUCUUCCGCAACCCGGCCAUCUUCAGCAGCCACAUCAAGAUCACAAAGGGCGAUGCCUGCCAGCUCAUGUCGGACUCAACACAGAACCUGUUUGUCGUGUGCGAUGUCUUCCGGAAAUACACCCGCCGGAUACACAAGAAGAACGACCCCCGCGACCCCAACUUUGUGCAGAUCAGCGUGCAGUGUGCCAAGAUUGAGCAGUUCAUCGACUCGCUGUUCCCGCGACAGGACCCUAAGAAGCUCGGAGAAGCGGCGAAACAGAAAGAGCGGGGCCAGCCGGGCAUGGACCCAGGCGAAGCCUUCAUAUUGGGCGGCAUGGUCCUGCUGACCCUCUUUUUCGUCUCUGCUCUUAUGAUCGGAACGGCUUGGUACUUUGGCGCCCGCUUCGACUCUCUCUGGAAGACGGACAGCGUCUACUGGCCCGGCACGCAGCCCGGCUCGGCGCCGAUCGACCACAAGGAGUUGUAG